AUGGACGGGUCUGCGCAGCACUUCGGGGAAAUUGCAGGAGCACCUGUCGGGACGACAUGGAAGAGUCGCGCAGAAUGUUUUGAGGCUGGCGUGCAUCGCCAAUUAGAGCCUGGUAUACACGGUAUUAAUACAAAGGGCGCUUUCUCGAUUGUCGUCUCGGGUCAAUAUAAAGAUGACAAGGAUUACGGCGACACGAUUAUAUAUACAGGUUCAGGUGGUCACACCCAGCACAGUAAUGGUACGCGCGAGCAGGUGCGUGAUCAGCAAUGGACGGAUUUUGGAAACGAAGCACUUCGUAAAUCUUCUGAAACAGGGAACCCCGUGCGCGUCAUUCGGGGCCAUGAACUUGAUUCUGAAUUUGCGCCAUGGGAAGGUUUCCGGUAUGAUGGCUUGUAUAUCUGUAAACGUGCGUGGAAGGAGAAGAAUAGAGACGGUUAUUAUGACAUCUGUCGUUACAGCCAUGGAGGCAAGUCUUCCUAA